GGGGGAGGGUUUUGCUGGGUGUCUCAGGGGGGAGGCAGCGGGAAAGCUCUCUGCCCCGCGGCACUCCCCGCCAUGGGGGAACCGGCCCCGCUCGGGACAGAGCCCGCGUGGAUCGCGACGCCUCUCUCCUGGGUGUGUGUUGGGGGGGGGCGGAUUUCCAGUCACGGCUCCUAGCGCUGGAGAAUUGCCCUUUACAAGAAUAACGGAAGGAGGCAGAUGCCGGCUCCUUCCCACCGCCACAUAACCGCAGGCUUCCCGACUGAGGUGCAGCCCAGCUCCGCCCCCCUCCCCCCAGACGGACAGAGGGACAGAAAGUUCCUGGCAACCACGCAGCUUCCCCCGCGCCCCUGGCAAGUGACAGCCAAGGCGCGGGGUCCGAGGGGGGCCAGCGGACGGGGCGCGGCGCGGCGGGCGGGCGGGCGAUGCCUAGUUCAGAGGCGCCUCCGCGCCUUCCCCGUUAAAGGCAGAGCACAGCCCCGCUCGGGACCGGCUCCUUACGUCGGCGCCAGCUGAGGAGCAAGCGAGUCUGCACUGGGGCGGGGGGCGCUGGGUUGCCAAGUGGACUUUUGUUGCUUUCCUCCCACUUGCGAGUGAGUCGAUCACAUCUGUCGGAGCCGCCGCCUCGUUGAAAUAGGAGUCCCCCCAAAGUGGAUCAUUUCUUUUCUUCUGCUCAUUCACCCUCCAGUUCAGACUUGCAAUGAGCGGACUGAAGUCUCCUGUGCUGCUGGGGCUGGUGCUCUUAAUGCUGUCAGCAGGUUAUUGCAAAGAGAGAACGGACUCCAUAGACCUAAAAGACAGGCAAAGCCUCUUCAAUCUCAUCAUGGAGAUUAUUCAGGAACUGAAAAGGCACCACAUGGAAAAGGACAACGAGGUGCAAUACUUCUCCAACCACGACUAUACUUUAGACCGAAGAGAAGUAGCUGAUUAUGGAGAGUACCAGGACGAGCAGAGAGCUGAAAUAGUUCCUAGAGAUUUGAGGAUGAAAGACAAGUUUUUAAAGCAUUUAACAGGUCCUCUCUAUUUUAGUCCAAAAUGCAGUAAACACUUUCAUCGGCUUUAUCACAAUACAAGAGACUGCACCAUCCCAGCUUACUAUAAAAGAUGUGCCAGGCUUCUUACUCGGUUGGCAGUAAGUCCAAUGUGCAUGGAAGGAUAAGAUACUACCAUACAGAAAAGAAACACCAAGAAAAAGGAGAAGUGCCUUGGAAACCAACAGGGAAAUAGAACUUAAUACCUUUAUAACAUAUUCCAUUGUGAACAAGAGGAUUUAUUUUUGCAGAUUGACAGACUAUUUCCCAUAAUUCUUUUAACGUGUUUUGUAUGUUUUCAACAGUUUGCAGAUCUACAUCCUUUACAGUAGUAAAACUGCCAAUAGUACUUACUGCUCCAUACUUAAAAGUACACUCCACAUUUGAUGUGUAGUGCUGCCAAAAAUUACAUGAACAUGUACCCUUCACCAAGAAAUUAAUGUUCUGUUGCUGAAUUCUGAGACUUGGAGGGAUGUUUAUAUACCCUGAACUCUUAAUCUACUCCACAGCAGUGGUUUUCACUUGAUAUUCUUCAUGAUUAUGCAAUUAAAAGAGAGUUUGGAUAAAACAAACAUUUAAAAAUUUCAGUGUUGGAGGGGUCACAUUGUACCCUUGGAGUGCAAAUUACAUGACAAAUACAAAACACAAUUCCAAGUGAACAAGUUUUCUCAAGACAAAAGAGUGUGAAUUUUGUACACACACACACACACACACACACAAUCUGCCACUGGCUUUCUGUUCAAUGUGUAAACAUUCCAACUAACGUGCAAUAUGUAAAUACUGUAAAUAACAAACAUGAGUAAUAAAGUGUUUGAUAUAUUACAUGAUCUUCAAUGUGUAUUCUUUAAAUGUCCCUUUAGAACAAUGGUUUUCACAAACUGGAAUUGAUUUCACGUGAUUACUCAUGAUGUUUCAGAGCAAAAUAAUCUGUAAAUUAUAUUAAAAUCCAAUGCAAAAUUGUAUUAGGAAAGUACUGGUGAAAAGGCUAAACAAAGACUGCAUCAGGAGGUCUCACUAUGCAUUUCACUUUUCUUUAAAAUCACCUACCCAACCCAUUUGGUGUAUGUGUCAUUUUAUUUGUGACCAAAAAACCCAAACCAAAAACCACACACUAUGGAGCAUUUCUAAUAAAUGCAUUCCAGACACACAAAAGUUUUGACACUUAAGCUUUCUUUCAAAGAACCAUCUA